AUUUUUUUCCAGCUUAUCCGCCUGCAAAAAUUUUCUCGGUAUCCAAACGAUGGCGAAGACAGUUCGCUGAAGCUUUUCUAGAUAAUUUUUUUCAGUGUUCAAUGGCUUUGGUUACGCCUAAUAUUACGGAAAUGCCACUGAGAAGCUCUCUUCCUCUGACCUCGAGCUCUCGCUACUGUUCUUCUCCUUCGCUCCACGCAUUGCUAUUCUAUUCCUUGUCUGCUAAACCCUCGCGUCACAUUGUUCGGCCAUUCUCUUCGCUCCGCACGAGCGAGCGUAGCAGCAGCAACCACAGGAGCCAUAACAACCGCCGAUUGGAUCAGCGGAAUUCUAAGCCCACCCCUCCUUGGAUAGACAAGUGGCCUCCCUCAUCCGCCGGAGCCGGCGAUCAUUCCGGGAAGAAAGCUGCCGAACAGAACGGCGGGGCUAAAAUUCGCUCGGCGGAGGAGGAAGCUGAAGCGAGACUCCGGUAUUUGGAGAAGGAUAAAGGACAAAGCGCGAUUGAGAGGAUCGUUCUUCGGCUACGGAACUUGGGAUUAGCCUCGGACGAUGAGGAGGAUGCGGAAGAUAACGAGGGAGACGGAAUUAACGGCGGAGACGUGAAGCCGGUGACUGGAGAAGAGAGAUUGGGGGAUUUGUUGAAGAGAGAGUGGGUGAGGCCUGAUAUGAUGCUGGCUGAGGGAGAAGAAGAGAGUGACGAUGAGGAUGAUGUGUUAUUGCCGUGGGAGAAGAACGAGGAAGAACAGGCGGCUGAGAGAAUAGAUGGAGAUGGAGGAGCUGCGUUUAAGAAGAGGAGAGCUAGAGCUCCAUCGCUGGCGGAGCUUACCGUUGAGGAUUCAGAGCUACGGCGGCUGAGGAGAGACGGAAUGUAUCUGAGGGUGAGGAUCAGUAUACCAAAAGCUGGGCUUACGCAGGCAGUGAUGGAGAAGAUCCAUGAUACGUGGAGGAAAGAAGAACUUGUGAGGCUCAAGUUCCAUGAAGUUCUUGCUCGCGACAUGAGGACGGCCCAUGAAAUAGUUGAGCGUCGAACUGGUGGAAUGGUGAUAUGGAGGGCAGGAAGUGUAAUGGUGGUUUAUCGUGGGCGUGACUAUCAAGGACCUUCUGCGAUAUCUGACCAAAUGGCGAGACCUGAAGAAACUCUUUUUGUUCCAGAUGUGUCUUCUGCUGGCGACGAAGCAACAAACGCCAAAGAUAAUCAAAGUGCACCUCCGGAAAUCAAAGAUCCAAUUGUCAGGAACCCGAUUCGCAAGGAGAGUAUGACGGAAGAAGAAGUUGAAUUCAACAGUCUAUUAGACAGCUUAGGCCCACGUUUUCACGAGUGGUGGGGUACUGGUGUGCUACCUGUGAACGCUGACUUACUACCUCCUACGAUUCCUGGUUAUAAGACACCUUUCAGGCUUCUCCCUACUGGGAUGAGAUCAAAUUUGACCAAUGCCGAAAUGACAAAUCUCAGGAAGAUUGGUAAAACUCUCCCGUGCCAUUUUGCUCUUGGAAGAAACAGAAAUCACCAAGGAUUAGCAGCUGCUAUACUCAAGUUAUGGGAGAAAAGUCUGAUUGCAAAGAUCGCUGUGAAGCGAGGUAUCCAGAAUACAAAUAACAAACUGAUGGCAGAUGAGAUAAAGACAUUGACAGGGGGUGUCUUGCUGCUCAGAAACAAGUAUUACAUUGUAAUAUACCGUGGAAAAGACUUUCUUCCUUCAAGCGUGGCAGCUACUUUGGCAGAACGACAAGAGCUAACAAAAGAGAUUCAAGAUGUCGAAGAGAGGGUAAGAACUCGAGACAUUGAGGCUACUCAGCCUGUUGGAGACAAAGUUCCAGCGGAAGCUGGCACUCUGGCCGAGUUUUAUGAGGCUCAAGCGCGAUGGGGCAAAGAGAUAACUCCGGACCAUAGAGAAAAGAUGAUUGAAGAGGCUUCAAGGGUCGCGAGUGCCAGAGUUGUUAAACGAAUCCAGCACAAACUAAACCUUGCCCAAUCGAAAUUUCACAGAGCAGAGAAAUUGUUGUCCAAAAUAGAAGCCUCUAUGAUUCCAAACGGACCUGAUUAUGAUCAAGAGGUCAUCUCUGAGGAAGAAAGAAUAAUGUUCCGGAAAGUUGGAUUGAAAAUGAAGUCAUACUUACCCUUAGGUAUCCGUGGUGUUUUCGACGGGGUCAUCGAGAAUAUGCAUCUACAUUGGAAGCACAGAGAACUGGUGAAGCUUAUAUCGAAACAGAAGAGUCUUGCGUUUGUCGAGGACACAGCUCGGUUACUAGAAUACGAGAGCGGCGGAGUUCUUGUGGCAAUAGAAAAGGUUCCUAAAGGAUUCGCCCUUAUUUACUACCGUGGAAAGAAUUACCAGAGACCAAUCAGCUUGAGACCAAGAAAUCUUCUCACGAAAGCAAAAGCAUUGAAACGUUCCAUUGCAAUGCAACGCCAUGAGGCACUGAGUCAGCAUAUCUCUGAACUAGAGAAAACAAUAGAGCAAAUGCAGAACGAACUUGUAAGUGGUGGCUCACUCAACUGGGGAGUUUCAAGUCUAAUACACUUUUAA